AUGUACGGGGCGACGCGGCGGGCCUGCUCGGGCUCCGGCCGGGGCCGAAGCCGAAGCCUGCCGAUGCUGACAACCGCGCUCCUGCUCUCGGUCGCCGGGCUGCUCGCCGGGCUGCCCGGCUCCGCCGAGGCGAAGGAGUGCGACAAGCCCUGCAUGAACGGACAGUGCAACGCCGGCACCGGCAACUGUGUGUGCUUCCCCGGCUGGGUCGGGGACCAGUGCCAGCACUGCGGAGGGCGAUUCAGACUGACAGGGCCCUCUGGGUAUCUGACGGACGGACCAGGAAACUACAAGUACAAGACCAAGUGCACAUGGCUCAUUGAGGGGCAGCCCAACACCAUACUUAGACUACGGUUCAACCACUUUGCCACUGAGUGCAGCUGGGACCACCUCUACGUGUACGACGGAGACUCCAUUUACGCUCCCCUUCUCGCUGCUUUCAGUGGUCUCAUUGUUCCUGAGCGUUAUGGGAAUGAGACAGUCCCCGAGGUGGUGUCUCAGUCUGGCUACGCCCUGCUGCACUUCUUCAGUGAUGCUGCCUACAACCUGACCGGCUUCAACAUUUCCUACAGGGUGAAUACAUGCCCCAACAACUGCUCAGGCCGUGGCGAGUGUCGUGUGGGGAUCUCCGGUGGCUCGGUGUACUGUGAGUGCCAAGCCAACUGGAAGGGAGAAGCCUGUGACGUCCCCUACUGCCUGGCCGACUGCGGCUACCCCGAGCGAGGCGACUGCCAGAACAAGACCUGCGUCUGUACGACCGGAUGGCAAGGUCCAGACUGCUCCGUCUCGGUGCCUGCCAAUUCCUCCUUCUGGUGCCGGGAGGCGUACGCCGAGGCCGGGCUGGCCAGGGCUUCCCACAAGGCUGUGGUGGACCAGGGCAUCAUGUGGGUCAUAGGAGGCUAUGUCUUCAACGCCUCCGACUAUCACAUGGUCAAAGCGUAUAACCUCAGCAGCAAGAGGUGGCUGACCCUCGACCCCUCCGUCAACACCGUCACACCGCGAUACGGCCACUCGCUGGCUCUUCAUGAGGGGAAGAUCUUCAUGUAUGGAGGAAAGAUUGACUCCUCGGGAAACGUGUCCAGCCAGCUGUGGGUUUUCCACGUCCAGAACCAGACCUGGGUCCUCCUAGGCCCCCGGGCCAAGGAGCAGUACGCCGUGGUGGGACACUCCGCCCACGUCGUGCCUCCCGUCGAGGAGGGGGCCAGUCCUGUCAUGCUGGUUUUGUUUGGACACUGUCCUCUCUAUGGUUACAUUAGCCAGGUCCAGGAGUACAACAUUGCCAGGAACACAUGGAGCGUGGUGACGACAGACGGCGCCCUGGUUCAGGGCGGCUACGGCCACAGCAGUGUUUUCGACCCUGGCACCAGAGCCAUCUACAUCCACGGAGGCUACAAGGCCUUCAGUGCCAACAAGUACGGCUUGGCUGGAGACCUGUACAAGUUUGACGUGGACAAGAGAAAGUGGACCAUUCUGAGAGACAGCGGCUUUUUCCGCUACCUCCACACGGCGGUCAUAGUGAGCGGGACGAUGCUGGUGUUUGGAGGAAACACGCACAACGACACGUCCAUGAGCCAUGGCGCCAAGUGCUUCUCCUCCGACUUCCUGGCCUACAGUCUGGCAUGUGACGAGUGGACAGUGCUGCCUCGACCGGACCUCUAUCAUGACGUCAACCGCUUCGGGCACUCGGCGGUCUUCAGCGACAGUGUGAUGUACGUGUUCGGCGGCUUCAACAGCCUGCUGCUCAGUGACGUCCUCACGUACACCUCGCCCAGCUGCGCGGCCUUCUCCGGCCAGGCGUCCUGCAGCCAGGCCUGGCCGGGGAUCCACUGCGUCUGGAACAGCACCCAGGAGACCUGCCUGCCCUGGGAGAGCGACGCCGUCGCACCUGAACAGCAGCAGCUGCCGGCCUCCUGUAAUACAAGAUCGUAUGCUGAUAACGAGAGGUGUGACCAGUACACAGACUGCUACAGCUGCACUGCCAACACCAACGGCUGCCAGUGGUGCUCGGGCCAGUGCGUUUCCCUGGGAAGCAACUGCACCUCCGCCACGGGGGCAAUAGGGGAGUAUGAUGUUUGCCCCAAGGACAACCCCUCAUAUGUGUGCAACAAGAAAACCAGCUGCAAGAGCUGCGCUGUGGACCAGAACUGCCAGUGGGAACCUCGCAACCAGGAGUGCAUUUCACUGCCAGAAAAUGUGUGUGGUGAAAGCUGGCACCUGGUGGGCAACUCCUGCCUGAAGUUCAUCACGGCGAAGGACUCCUAUGACAACGCCAAGCUGGCCUGCAGGAGCCACAACGCUGUCCUGGCCUCGCUCACGACACAGAAGAAGGUGGACUUUGUCCUGAAGGAGCUGCAGAUUAUGAGCGUGGUGUACAAGGCCACGGUGACGCCCUGGGUGGGGCUCAGGAAAAUCAACGUGUCGUACUGGUGCUGGGAGGACAUGUCGCCCUUCACCAACACCACCCUGCAGUGGCUCCCCGGAGAGCCGAGCGACGCCGGGUUCUGUGGCUACCUGGCCGAGCCGGCGUCCAGCGGACUGAAAGCUCAAACCUGCAUCAACCCAGUGAACGGCAGCCUGUGUGAACGACCGGCCAACCACAGUGCCAAGCAGUGCCGGACGCCAUGCGCCAUGCGAACCACCUGCAGCGAAUGCACCAGCAGCAGCUCGGAGUGCAUGUGGUGCAGCAACAUGAAGCAGUGCGUCGACUCCAACGCCUACGUGGCCUCCUUCCCCUUCGGACAGUGUAUGGAGUGGUACACCAUGAACACUUGUCCACCGGAAAACUGCUCCGGGUACAGAACGUGUGGCCAGUGUCUGGACCAGCCCGGCUGCGGGUGGUGCACCGACCCCAGUAACACGGGCAAAGGUCAGUGCAUCGAGGGUUCGUAUCGCGGGCCCUUCCAGACUUCGGUCCCGGCCCCGUCCACCCUGCCCGGUCUGCCCGCCAGCCCCCAGCCGGCCCUCAACGCCAGCAUGUGCGCCAGCGAGGCCAAAUACAACUGGUCCUUCAUCCACUGCCCAGCUUGUCAGUGUAACGGUCACAGUCAGUGUGUCAACGAGAGCGUGUGCGAGAAGUGCGAGGACCUGACGACCGGCCGCCACUGCGAGAGCUGCAUUUCUGGCUUCUACGGGGAUCCGACUAACGGGGGCAGCUGCCAGCCCUGCAAGUGUAACGGCCACGCCAGCAUGUGCAACCCAAACAACGGCAAGUGCUUCUGCACCACUAAGGGCAUCAAAGGAGAUCGCUGCCACCUGUGUGAAGUUGAGAAUCGUUACCAAGGCAACCCCCUCAAAGGAACGUGCUACUACACGCUCCUCAUCGACUACCAGUUCACCUUCAGCCUGUCGCAGGAGGACGACCGCUACUACACCGCCAUCAACUUCGUGGCCACACCUGAGGAGCCAAACCGGGAUCUCGACAUGUUUAUAAAUGCCUCCAAGAACUUCAACCUGAACAUAACGUGGGCCACUAGCUUCACUGCAGGAACCCAGACCGGGGAGGAGAUCCCCAUCGUCUCCCGGAGCAACAUCAAGGAGUUCAAAGACAGCUUCUCCAAUGAGAACUUUGAUUUCCGCAACAGCCCGAACAUAACGUUCUUUGUCUACGUCAGCAACUUUACGUGGCCCAUUAAGAUUCAAAUUGCCUUCUCCCAGCACAGUAACUUCAUGGACCUGGUGCAGUUCUUUGUCACAUUCUUCAGCUGCUUCCUGUCCCUGCUCCUGGUGGCCGCCGUGGUCUGGAAGAUCAAACAGAGCUGCUGGGCGUCACGGCGACGGGAGCAACUGCUGAGAGAGAUGCAGCAGAUGGCGAGCCGGCCUUUCGCCACCAUCAACGUUGCCUUGGAGACAGACGAGGAGCCACCUGACCUGAUAGGAGGAAACGUCAAGUCUGUCCCAAAACCCAUCGCCCUCGAGCCUUGCUUUGGCAACAAAGCCGCCGUGCUCUCCAUCUUCGUACGGUUACCCAGGGGCACUGGUGGCAUCCCUCCUCCAGGACAGUCUGGUCUGGCAGUGGCCAGCGCGCUGGUGGACGUCUCUCAGCAGAUGUGUUUGGGCUAUAAGGAGAAGUCCGGAGGCCUGAGGAACCGCAAACAGCAGCCCACGGCACAACCAUCCACCUGUAUCUGACCACGACCCUGUCCCCUUCCACCAUUCCCAGCCCGACGCUCUCCCAUUAGUCCCCUGCCUCGGCCCCCUCCUUCCGCCAGAGACUUCCGCCAGCUCCGCUCUGGAAGGAAGAGGUGCAUGCUGGGACGCAGGACUGGAACAUUUUGGUGAGGGGCCGAGUCGUCCAGUGGAAACCUCAGCGGGCUUCCCCUCCCUGUCCUCCCACAGGAACUUUGGGUCCCCUCAAACUGAAUGACAGAAAACGGACACAGAGGUGGCGGAGCAGGGGAGGGAGUGAGGGAGUGAGGGAGGGAUAAGCGGGUGCUUACUCCACCCUUCCCCAUCAAAAAAAAAAAAAAUUUACAUUUGUCGACACCGCCUCGUUAGAGUCGAGGCGGCCACGGCUUGCUGCUAGAAGAGAUCCUCGUCUCGUUGUUUUUGAAAAAUCCUGAGACUUUGCAACCCUCUAUGUUCUGGUUUUACCUAAGUUAUUGGUGUUCUUUGUUUUGUAUUGUGUUAUUUUGAAGGCAGGAACGAACUGGACAUGUUCAACUGCACAUGCACACACAAAACAAACAUGCACACCCACGCGCGCACACGCUCUUCCAAAAACCAACUUUCCAGGCCCUCGACCCAUUUGUAGCCCACUGUGGCCUGCCAUCGUGUUCACAUCUCAGCACUGAGGGCUGGUGUCACCGGAGUCCUGUACAGUUUUGCCUCCGAGCAAGCUAACAGCAUGAUCAGUCUUCCUUUAAUGAGGAUCCACUGCAGGAGGCCAGCCGUGCAGCCAAAGCCCAUCUAAAGAGCAUGUGACAUUUCUAAUCAGCCUCUGUCAUCUACUGCUGUCUUCUCUGUGGCCUGUCUGGGAGCUUCGCCUUUGUCUCUGUUGCAAUCUGGCUACUGAGCCAACCACCUUCCCAACCUCUCUGGCAGUGAGUACAAAACAAGACCACGCCAACAUCUCGUCCACGUUGGAUGGCUGGCUGGCAGGAUCGUAAGCCAGUGCCGAUUGAUAGUUUUCCAGCCUAAUUACUCGUCCAAUUGCAAUGAAAGUCAGUGUCUCUGCACACACAGGUGCACAUGCAGGGCUCUCACUCACACACACACACACACACACAGCAGAACAGCGUGUGGGGAGAAAACCCUCCAGCAUUUAAAGAUUGUCCCUUUGGCAGUGCUGCAUCUUGAGCUCAUGUGGAACAGUCUCUCUAUAGAUCAUCUGUCUCCGAUUGACUGAAGUGAUGGGGGGGGUGGUGGUAACGGUUCAGCAUCCUCUAUGUAUGUUGCCCAAGAAAUCCAUAGCCUCUAAUUGCUGCUGCCGUGUUCCCAGAUGCAACGCAUGUCCCCCUCCCCAAUACCCCCACCCACCGCCAGCGCUCGGUGGCGAUUGCUUCAUGUCCCCGAGCUAUCCACAGCUGCAGUGACGUCUGUGUUCGAAUUGAUGCAGCUACGGUGGAGCUGCUAAUGCCAACAUUUAAAUGGUACCAGGCCGACAACUCUGAACAUGAAGUGUAUACAUAAUUCACCAGAAUAAGCGGCCACAUUGCAAACUUCGCUGUCUGUUUCCUUAUUUGCAUCUAUGUUAAAUGGGACUUUUGAAUUAACCACAUCUCAUGAAAGACCUCGGGUAUUCAUUCGUAAAAAAAAAAAGAAAGAAAGAAAGACAAGAAUGAAAAACAACCAUAGCUUUUUCUUGAAAUUGCCUCUUGAAAUUAUCUUGUUGCCAAGUCUCUUGGGCUUACUCCCUUUUUGUGCUCCAUGUAUGAGUUUUCUCUAAGCCGGUCUUUUUUUUAUUUUAUUUUUUUUAUUUCUCUUUCCUUUUGUAUCUGCUUUACCUGCUCUUUCCAUGGUCCUAAUCUGAAAUCACUGGUCCAUUUUUAAAGAAACAUUACUUUUUGUCAACUGGGGAAAAUGAGGGAAAACAGAAUGGGGGGAAAAAAACAUGAGGCAAACACAAGAGACAAAAAAGAAACUCAGACUGCUCAUUUAAAACAGAGCUGUUGCUUUGAGGUGUCACAAGUAAUUUUCUGUUUUGUAAGGGCAGCAGGGUGUUUGUUUUUUUUUUGGUUUGUUUGUUUUUUUUUAACCUUUUCGUCUUUUCUCCUUCAGCACUGAAUAUCACAGCAGGCUUGAAUUAGCCCAUAUUGGUCAGUUUUGCCGAAUAUAAAUUUCAUACUAAAACACCUGCGGGUCUUUGAGAGCAGAGAUGCACAACAAUAUGGGAGAGAUAUAUCCCCCCCCCCCCUCACAAAGUUAUUAACUUCCCGCCCUCAGAGAAGUACAGUAAUAGAACGAUUUAAUAACUCGCAUUUUACCCUAAAGAGCUCGGCGUCUUUAGUUCCAGGCUCUCACUUGCAUUCAGCAUAAUAGGACUGCUCACCAUCUGUUUAAAGGGCACACUUUUAGCACUGCUAAAAGGUCAGAGCAGAAAGCAUGAACAAAGUUGACAUUCUGUAAUUAUAGAGCCGGAUGUGCUCACAACUCCACUCAGCAAGUGGCGAGCAUCACGGCAUUAAGGAGUUAGCUCUGUUCAUAUGUGCACUGAGGAAUCGAAGCACUUUACUUGCACUCCUUUAUUAUCACUCGUUUUUUUUUUUUUUUGCUCUUUUCUCCACUAGAGUAAUCUUUUUUUAGCCAUCGUGGCUGGUUUCGGCUUUGAUGUUUAUUCUGUCGCUUCUGCAGAGACUUGAUGGUCGAAAAAUAACCAUCAGCCGUCAGCCAAAUGUGAGAAAAUUUGGCACGCGGUUGGUAAGUUCUGUCCGUCUGAGUGCGAAUUAAUGAAAAACCUCCCACAAAAAGCCUUUCUGAAUUGUAGAAAACAUGUUAUUAAAUAAUGUUUCUGUCAGGCUGUGGGAGUUUUAUUUUUACAGUUUGUACCACGGCUUCUGUCCUAUGCAUCUGUCACUUCUUCUCAGUUGCGCAGGACUUUUUGUGACUUUUGUUUGCCUGCACCACCAGUCUGUUUGGCAGGUCACCAGCCAUUGUUUGGAGGAGAUGUUCAAUUCAAAAAUUUUGUUCGGGGGACAAUAGCGGGAACAUUUUGGGAUGUACAAGCCUCUGUGACACAAGAAAAGCAGCAAUAUUCUUCCUCCUUGGCAGAAAUGUUACCACUUCCACUGACGGGAAACAUGUUUUACAUUAAAGAAAAUAUAUAUUUUUUUUGGAACUUGGUUGGCAUAUAGGUGAGGCUUAACUCAUUGAGGUGCCCAUAUGCAGCUUAAAACAAAAAGUGAAGCCAGAACGUGACCCUCAGCUGAUGGAGACAAGGGAGAGGCGAGCAAAUCUAACCUGCAACAUAACAUGGCCCGUCAUCAACCGGGUGAUGUGCUCCUGUCACCAAAAUGCCUGAGGUAUACAUGUACCGUGUCUCUGUCGUAUGCAGCAUCAGCAGAACUCUCACUUCAACAAGAGCAGCUCUGAGAUCAGCCGACGUCUCGUAUAUUUGAUUUUCUGUAGGUGAACGGUGUCAAUCCACGCUACACUACCUGCUCAGCGUUAGAAAAUCGCUUUAUUGCAUUCUUGGGUAACAAUAUUCAGUGGCGAAAUCUAUGACCACUGUCACCUUAGGUUGCAAAUUUCGUUUAAUUUCACACAAAGCAGAAAUUUCAUUUUGCAAAGAAUAUCUUUGUAUAUGACCCAAUUCUACAGCUGACUCAGAUGUACUGUAGUAAUAAUGUCAAAAAGACUCAAGAUUGUUUGUUUUGUUUUUUUGUUUUUUUUCCAUUCUAGACGAAUGUAAAAUGAAAAACCACCUGUGCAGCCAAGGCAAAUCCGUAAACUGGAACCCACCAGGGCCAGUCUGUAAAUCCCAACAGCCUGCAAUCAUCAGUUCCUCUCUGGCCUUGGGUGACAGGGUGGUGCAGUGGUUAACACAGACGGCACAGUGGCUGAAAGGGCCACAGGUUCCGACCACGUAAGAGAAGGUUUGCCUUCGUUGGUAUCCAGCCUAACCAGAGCCUCUCAAACCAUGACCUUCCACUCGGUGGUUCAGACAAACAGAUCUUGGGUCUGAUAGUGUCUAUAAGUAAAUCUUAGAUGUUUGUUCUUACCUCUGUGGUAUGAUUAGUUGAACCCACUUUUCACUGACAGACUAAACUUUCUGGAUGUUACUUUGUUGUCCUGUGUGGCCAGUCUCGCUCCUUCCAAAUUGCAGUAUCAGCAGAGUAGUCGGAAACAAACUCUGUUAUUAGUAAAUACUAUUUGACCCAGAUCUGUUGUCAGCAGCCCUCACGCUGGGUUCAUAAACAGGCCUCCGAAGUCUCAAAGCACGGAAAGUGAUUAGGGAAAUUUAGAGGAAAAUUGCAGCUUCAACAUUUAUCCAAGGGUUUUCACACCUGGUCCACCCACACAGGCAUUUUCAUUUAUUUUUGGCAGAUUAGAUGUCUUCUCGGGGCAGUGUGGGCAGGCGCAGACGCUGCUCGAUUGACAUCUCCCACACUUCCCUGUUAGUUUUGUUGCACCUGUUAGGGCGGGACUAAUGUCGACUUUUUACGGUGGGGCCGGAGAAUAUGACCUGAAUUUUAAAUCACAAAACGCACAUUACCUUAGUAACAUCGUGUUUUUCAUACACAAGUGCAGACAUUUUUCCAAAAUUCUGGGCUUCUGGAAUGGACUGUAUCCUGACUGGUUGGUUAAACUUCUGGUUAGAUGAUGUUGUCAUUGUUCUCAGUUUGCUAAUAUAAAUUUUAGAUUUAGGUCAGAUCCGUAAUGUCAGUAAUUGGACAAAUUAGAUACUCAGUCCAGCCAAUAUGGAAUUUGGUAGCCUCUGCGCAUUCCUAGCAUGUGUAGCUCCACGCAACCUUAAAAGAGGUGUAAUCAGCCAAAGACCCGGUUUUGUCCACAAUUGAUUGUGUGUAUUGAUUGAGUUCUGACAAAUGUAUUGUACCCAUUUCCUUCCUCAUAAAAUUUUUGAAGACUUUUAAAUUUUUUUAUGCAGUUGAAGUGCUGCAUUGUUUACACCCAUGUUAACUUAUUAGCAGGCUUUGCCAGCACAUUGCCGCGUUUCCUUGCCCAUUGCUGCUGCCUGCAGGUCAUGCGAUUAGUUUAAAAUCACUGACAAGAAUGUGUAUCGACCCACUCAUGAAAACAUUGAUCCAUAGUGCUAUUAGUGAUCAGAAAUUCCACAGGGUAUCUCUAAGCCGAUGCUGAUGCUGCUUCACACAAAAAAAUUUUCCACCAGCAAACCAGCAGAAUGCGUUUAUUGUGAAGCCGCUAGAAGAAAUGCAGUGCAUUUGUCACGGAGCUAGCAGAGCUUCUUAGCGGUGCUUUUCUUAACUCAAACGAGACAUGGACGCAAAGACCGCCAUAUUGUGUCAGCGGAUCAGUUUUAAACAUUGAAGGGAGGGAUAUUAGAAGAACUGCAGGCGAAAGGCUUUCUGCAGCUCGUGCAAACAGACCUCCACCGUGCGAUCAGUAGCUUGUACCUUAACGUGGCGCGUUGUGGGAAAACACUGUGCCAGCAUGGCUUGUGGGCCAGAUGCUCAUGGGUUGCCUCGGUUUCUGUCCUAACUGAAAAGUCCUGUGUUGAUGUGGCAGGGGUUUAAAAUGACACAACCUUUUUUUUUCCUGAAUCACAAGCUCUAGCUACAGUAGAGAAGAGUGUCCCAUCCUUCCUAAAUGAGAGCCCAGAGAAGUGACAAAUCAAAACUCACAAGCACAAUACAAACCUUUGCUCUGUCCAGAGAGAGCUGGACUCACUGAGGUUAAAUCUUUUGACUUUCUCCCUUAGGUCUAGCACAUCAAAGCCCAGCCCUGUUGGUAAACAUGAACUUUACUGCUGCACUGUAUUGAUGUUGCAUUACAGGAUUCCUGGGUCGUAGAAGUUCAGAUUUUCCAGAUGAUUAGAUCCUUCCACCAUCUGCUGCUGCCCGAGUGCGAAGUGGCCCCGAGCUGCUCAAAAAUAUCUGAGAGAGAGAGUGUGGAAGUUUGCAAAGGGAAAUGUGUAGGAACCCUGCGCGCAGUCUGCCGCCGUGCCCCCGUACCUGUGAAAUACCUGUCGCAUUUGUUCCGAUUUAAAGAGGUGAGCGGCUCCCUCUAUCUCGCCCUGCUCUCCAAGCCUCAGUCUUUAUCGGGUAACACUAACUUUACAGUGGCCUUAUUUCGGCUUAUUUAAUCUCUGCAUUAACUGAUACAGAUGUACAGCAAAUACAUAUUUAUAAAGUGUGAUUAGUUAAUGGAAAUCUCCCUAAUAUUCACAGUACAAGUAGAAUUUUUGUCAAACACUGGCAGCAUUAAUAUGUAUUUAAAAUGCUUUAAUACACAGGUUGAAGCAUUAGAUUAAGGUCAUUGUAAAAUCAGGCAUUACCCUCUUCCUUUCUUUCUGUCUCUCUUUGUAUGGCGGCAUUAUAUAUACUGAUGAAGUAGUUUGUUAAUAUGUAUAAUUUAGCAGUUGUUCUGUUUUUUUUUUUUGUAAAUAAUGAGAAAGUAUUGUGAAUGACCUUUGUUGAAUGGUUUUAAAAAAAAAAAAAAAAAAAAAA